UCAUCCCUCCCUUCACAUCAUGUCCCCUGCUCGCUGGCCACACUCGCUGCAUGCUUUUUAAAUUGCCAUCACCGGCCUCCAGACGUCGUCUCCUUUUGCCUGCGGGAUGAUGGACAGCAGGAUACUGGAUCCACCUCACGCCCAGUUCGGAGGCUCUCUCGGCGGGAUGGUGGGCUUCCCGUACCAUCUGAGCCACCAUCACGUUUACGAAUUAGCCGGGCAUCAACUUCAAUCCGCGUCCGCGGUUCCCUUCUCAAUAGACGGAUUACUCAAUGGCUCGUGCACGGCGUCAGUGGGCAGCUCCAACCACCUCUUGUCUUCGGGCUGCGGGAUGAACGGAGACAAUCAGCAGUACAAGCUGUCAGACUCGGGGGACCCAGACAAAGAUAGCCCUGGCUGCAAGAGACGGAGAACUCGCACAAAUUUCACUGGUUGGCAGCUGGAGGAAUUAGAAAAGGCUUUUAAUGAGAGCCACUAUCCGGACGUGUUCAUGAGGGAGGCGCUGGCUCUACGGUUGGACUUGAUAGAAUCAAGGGUUCAGGUAUGGUUUCAAAACCGGAGAGCCAAGUGGAGGAAAAAGGAAAACACAAAGAAGGGUCCGGGGCGACCCGCGCACAACGCCCACCCCACCACCUGCAGCGGAGAGCCCAUGGACCCGGAGGAGAUCGCCCGGAGAGAGCUGGACAGGCUGGAGAAGAAGAAGCGGAAGCAGGAGCGCCGGCUGCUCAAGUCCCAGAACAGACUCGCUUCUGGGGAUUUAUUUCACACCCCGGGAUCAGACAGCGACAGCGGGGUGUCGCAUGUCACCGACAGUGACCACAACACGGGCCCGCCAUAUGACUCUGUGGGGGGAAGCCAAACGCAAUCGAGCUGCGACCAAACACCUCACCCUUUCCAGAUCCAAACCCAGAACCAAAGACACUUGGACCGGGAGGCUGGCGGAUCCGAGCUGGACUCGCCCGAACCCAGCCACCGGUCAAGCCUGUGCUCCAACAACGGCAGGGCCUCCAGCCUGCAGAAACUCAACCCUUUUAGCGUCGAAAGCCUCCUUUCGGACUCCAGACCGAGACGCAACGCCGCGGCCUUACCCUCCACACGGCCUUUGAUAGGGAAAGGACACUUCCUUCUCUAUCCCAUCACGCAGCCGCUCGGAUUCAUUGUUCCUCAGACUGCCCUGAAGACGACGACGGCGGCGGCGAACCCCGACAGAGACACCCCGGAGGACAGAAGCCAGCCCGGCGUCCGCUGCAGCGUCUCCGCGGGUUCCUCGGGAUGUAGGAGCAGCUCGCCGGACUCGGCGAACGCGACGCCAAAGGGACAGGUGGGAUCGGGGGAAAAGACAGGUUCGCCGCACACCAGCCCGCCCCGGGCCCCCUUUCCCACCGGCAAAAGUACUCAGACCUCUGUGAUUUGCAGCGAGCGCAGCAGCCCCAGUAAGUCCGCCGACGCGGACACGACAGAGCAUUUAGAGAAGGACCACCCCGAAGACCCAGAGUCUGCCCUCAGUGACUGUCCUGCAGAGACAAAAACAGACUCUAAAGGAGAUGUCGACAUGGAAUAAAUCAGCGGGGGUAAAAAAGAAAAAAAAAAGAAAAAAAAAAGAAAAAAAAUCAACAACAAAAAAAAAGAAAACAACAACAAAAAAACAACAACCAUACAGAUAUAACCUCUAAACGACACCUUUCAUUAGGCCAAAGCUUAACCAGAAACUACAUCUUUGCAUCUAAUCUCUAGGUUUCCCCCACCCUGCUGAUAUUUGACAAUGUGCUUUCUCUCUCUCUCUCUCUCUCUCUCACUCUCUUUCUAUCUCUCCAUCUCUCUCUGCGAGUGUGUGCGCGCGUGUGUGAGUCAGGAGUCUCUAGAUAUCCUUUAAUGUGUGAUAACUUGUCGGGGGGGAAAAAAACACAUCGAGACCAACAAAAAUCCUCAAGAGCUGUAAGAAAGGUAUUAUACUAUUUAUAUAUGUAAGGUUUUUCUUAAAUAAAUCUAUUGUAUACAAGCA